AUGUCAAACCCUUUGGAUGAUAUAGCAACGAGGCGAUGUUUCGGUGCACAUGAAGAAUGCGCCCGUGUGCAAUGGAAAAAAGCUGUGGAAGGAGCAGGAAACGAUUCUGAUAAUGAUGAUACUGUCAAUGAUACCAACGAUAAUGAGCAAUGGAACAACAACUGUACCAUCCUGCAAAUAUAUAUCGCCACUGAUUCACUGUCACAACUAUGA